UUUGAUGCAGUAAGAAAAAAAUCAUUGUGUAAAAUAUGCGACGUGAAAUUAGCUGGCAUUCAUACUACAAAUUUGAAACGCCACUUGACAACUAAACAUUAUGAAAUAUUUAGAGAGUGCGACAGUGAAGAAGACACCAAAAUAAAAGUUGUGAAAAAAAUAAAAAAUAACAUAUGAAACAAGUGAAGAAACAGUUGUGAAUUCACUUAUUUAAAUUGUGACAACUGAUGGAAAGCCGUUUGUAUUCUUGGACAGCGAGGGAUUUAGGGAAAUUGUUGAUCCCAUUUAUAAUGCCCUUGGUAUGAACCCAAUCACAUCGAGGAACAUUAUGAGCUUCGUGUCCGUAAGAGAACAGGCCAUCAAAGACGGCAUAAGGGCUUUAGUCAAUGGAAAACUGUUGUCGCUAAAAAUCGACGUGGCAACUAGAAUGGACAAAGCAAUUCUAGGUAUAAAUCAGCAAAUUAUUCACACAAAUGUAAACAAGUCGGAGAUUGUUGUCAAGACGUUGGGCAUGAUCCAGCUCACUUAUUCACACACUGGGGUCUACAUUAGAGACAAAAUUUUAGAAAUUCUUGACGAUUAUGGGAUAACUCUGGAUCAAAUCUUCAGUGUUACCUCUGACAAUGGGAGAAACAUGGUCAAAGCCAUAGAAAUUUUUAAUGACGACACGGAGGAGUCCCUUUUAAAAGAUGACACUGAGAGUGAAAAAUUUAUGGAUAAGCUUGAUGACCUGAAUUUGGCAAAUAUUCAUCUUGUACGAUGUGCUGCGCACACUCUUCAACUAUGCGUAUAUGAUGUUAACAAGCUGGAUGAGAUUAGCGAAAAAAUUAGUAUCUGCCGCAAAUUAUGCAAAACAUUGCGCACUGAAACUUAUAGGUAA